AUGAAGAAUGCAUCUCAAAUAAUAAAUUCUCUACAUGUCAAGUUUGGGCAGCAAUCUAAUCAAGCAAGACAUGAUGCUAUUCGUAGCUACAUGAAUUGUAAUAUGAAGAAUGGUGUCCCUAUUAAAACUCGUGUAUUUCAAUUAAUUGAGAUAAUACAUGAGGUAGACACACACAGGACUAUUAUCAACAAAAGGAAUCAAGUGAGCAUGAUCCUCAAGUCACUAUCUCCUUGCUUCAAAGCUUUCACCACUAACUAUUUGAUGAACAAGUUAGAGUUCAACAUGAUUCAGUUGUUGAACGACUUGGCCUUGUUUGAAAAUUUUAACAAGGAUAAGUUCAAGGAAGGUGAAUCAAACAUAGUAGAAGCAAAAUCUAGCUCUCCUUCUUUUGAUAAGAAAAGAAAAUGGGACAUUAAGGACAACAACAGUGGCAAGCCCAAACCAAAAGGCAAGAAGGCACCUAAACCCAAGAAGAACAAAGCCAACCCUAAGUCCAAGGACAAGAAGGCGAAAGAUACUUUCCCUUACCUACACAUGUAA